AAAGCUAAAGGAGCAGAAGGCUGAAAUUGAUCGCCGCGCAUCUUACAUUGACAAGUCCCUGAAAACUGUUGAAGCUCAGGAGAAAAAACUUGAGGAUAGGAGAAAAAAGUUUGCUGCAGACCGUGAACAGAUGGAAAAAGAGCAAGGGGAUGUAAUGAACUGCCCCAGCAACCUGGCAGUUCAUGAAUUGGAGCGCAUGCGAGAAGAGCGACAACAACUACUGACUGAGAUUCAGGCGGAGCGAAAGGAGCUUGAGGAGUUGAAAUCUGAGAGGAAAGGUCUUGAAGAGAAUGUUUUCAAGAUGAAGAUGGACAAGGAGCAGCUCACAAGGCACAUCAGACAACAGACAGAAAAGUUGGAGAAGCGCCAGCAGGAGUUGGAGCGGCUGGAGGAUGAGAUUCGGAAGGCAGAGUCUGCCAAGCUAAAGAGCUCUGUACUGCAUGAUUCAAUAGAUACAAAAGUUAGGGUAGAAACAUCAAGGGAUAGGCAUCUGUCCAUAGAAGACUCAACUCAGGCUGCUGCCGCUGGAGAUAGUCAUUCAAAGGAGGAGACGGCAGAAGAUGGACUAAUUGAAGGAGUAAAGAAGAUAGCAAAGGGAUACAAAUCUGGACUCUGGAGUGAUUUGCUGUCUGAUGAUGAAGCCAUCUUGUCUGACAGCUUCAACCCAGUCCUGCAUACAAGGGGAGUUACUGGCCAUCUUCAUCGUGAAACUGCGGAACUAGUGCAUGCCAAAGCUUUUCUCAGUAAACAGCGCCGGUCCCUCAAACGAAGGCAGGCUGCUCUUGCUGCUGCCAGCCAAGAACUGACGCGUGACUUCAGGCGCCAGGAUUAUUCAGAGCAUGGUGCACAUAUUCUGGAUGAGGUCGGAGCUAGCCUGGAGUCUGAGAGGCAGCAGCUAGAUGUCAUGGAAAAGCAGAUGCAUGCUGGACGCAGACUUAUUCAACAAAAGGAACAGAAACUUCAACAGCUUGAACAUCAGAGGCAGGAGCUUAGUGAGGAUGAGUCAGACUUUCCCUUUGAACGGACGUACCGGCCAUGUAACAUCCCCAGUCUGGACAUCAGUGAUGAUGACAGCAGUGGCAUCAGCAGUACUGAUAUUAGUCUAGAAAACUUUGUACAUGGUAUGGUCAGAGGAAAGGGUCCGUCUCACGUAGCUGUGGAGUCCGGUCAUGGCAACAGUGAUCUGAUUAAAACACUUAGCAAGAUCAACGCUGAUCUGACCAGUGUCCUAACAGCCAUCAACAGUGGUCAGCAAGGUCAGCAGGCUCCUGUCUACGUGCCUUCUAAAGUCGUCAUAUGGUUGCUGACAGCAGUGAUAAUGCAGUUCGAGGGGUUCGCCUGCCUAACUACCUAGAGCCCCACCCACCCUCUGCAGACUACUCUUCUUUGGUGCUGACCGCAGAACAGUCUCUGGAGCGUAAAUGGCGCAAAUACUUUGGAGAUCGGAGACCCCCGCUGAUGAGAGGCACCUUCCUGCCGUCAAGUUCGUCAACAUUUGGUCCGGUCAACGUGCGUGACCAGCUGCGUGAAUUCCGCCAGAACCUGGCAGGGGAGAUUGGCCAGCAAUCUACGUCUAGCCAGUUGGCGCAGCACAAGGAAUGGCUUCGUCGAUUCCAGAGCAACCACACCUGCCCUUUACCACCAGCAUCGGGCCAACGCGUCUUUUGGCCCCGUCCUCAGCGCUGCCGGCUCUGACUCGGGAUCAGUAUUGAGUGUGGGUGCCCUGACCACGCCCAACCCUCCCAACCCGCCGUCGUCAGCAGCUCUCCGCAGCCAGGCGCCGCGCCUGGAACUGGACGAGCACAACGAGAUUCGCAUCCGCCAGUACUGACCGCUGGUCACAUAACUCAACACUGGACGGCAACACACGAGUGGGCGCUGAGAGGCGGCUGGCCAGGGCCACAUAAAGAAAUAGUCGUGUGGAUGGACAGCCUACAAUACUCCUGGGCACGGUCUGCUGUCAUCAACACUUAGCUCUUCCCGCAGACAUCUUUAUACCUCUGGGUCUUCUCUCUCCGUUUGUGUGUGUGUGUGUUGACAUUGUAGUGUCGCCACAUUAUUUAUCCUGUAUUGGUCGGAUGUGCGUGGGGUCCAUAGGAUUUCAAUGUAUGAAGCCCGGUUGACACUCUAUCACGUGAUGAGAGAUCUGCAGAUCGUCUGAUGGAAAAAAUCGAACGUGAUAACUGUUCGGUUUACACAAGUCAAACUGAAGACAAGCCGUUGGCAGAAGUGCAUGAUGGGACGUGUGGCACGGGGACGCUUCUGUGCCAUUGAUUCAAGUGACCAACAUCUCGCGCACUGUAAACUUCCUGUAGGUGUGUGGUGCCUCCCUCACAGAUGAGACUGCUAAAGUACUGUUGUUUAAAAACUAUCUUCGUAUAAAGUUGAGUAUCUAAUGGGGAGGUUGUACAGUCGCCUUGGUUUCACAGGCCUUUCGCGACAGGGCCAGGUGAAAAGUAGCCUUAUGAUUAACAUAUUACUCAUCCAUUGUUAGCCUUGUCUUCCAGAGAAAAGCUCCGUAUUUGUGGUACCUCAUGCCCCAGGAAAUGUGGGGAUAACGGGUGUGGCACCACUGUCGCCCUAUACUCAGCGUUGGGUGUUGUUGAUGACAGAUCCAUUUUGUUACAUUUUAAUUUUGAUAUGGGUAUUUUGUUUAUUUUUAUUAUUUGUAUUAGCCGAAGUGUCUUUUUUCGCUGGUAGAUUCAGUUCCAUCCCAGCUGCCUUGGUAGUCUGAUGAUCAGUGUUUGCAAGUGUUUGUGAUAUCAGAAAGAGAACUUAACUGGCGAAUGAAUGUGUUAAGGCAGAAGGAAAAAAAGGAAGAAAUAGAGAGCUGUGGUGGCAAAGAAAAAAAAAGCCCACCAUAGACAAGGAUCUGAAAGUUUUAGUUAUUAUCUGAACCACUGAACGCGAGUCAUUGUCUUGGAAAUGCAGAGACCAAAGCUAUGUCUAGCUGCGGACUUGACGAGGAGACCUCAGAUUAUGUCCCAGAGAACUAAUUCUGCAGACUUCAAGGAGAAAACCUAUUUUUGAAUGAGCUGCUAAUGUCUUUGCCUAACGAGCUGCUGGUACAAACUUUGUUUUCCUGGACAUUCUGAGACUUGAUGAAGCGCGAUUAAUAACUUUCUCCUGAUUACGUGUGGUGCUACCUGGUGUGUACAUUUCCUCACAGGGUCAAGCGAGAUAUGGUCACAUGGUUACAUACUCUUUUCAGGCGUCCGUCCAUUUCUCUUGUAUUUUUUUAAAUCCUGAAUUGGCUGAAGUCCUGUGGCUUAAGCCACCAAGUGAUUACAAAGAUAAUAACGUAUGUUUUAAUUUUUACUAUUAAAUUCCUGUCUACAAUAAAUUGUAUCAUGUUGUGA